AUGACAAACAGAAAGGAGGGAGGGAAGGAGUGGAAGAAAGGAUCAAAGAAAAGACCUAACUACGUUUUCGUGUCUGUGAGAGAGCAGCGUGACGUGUGCGGUGCCGACAGAUUCGGUGGUGAUGGGGCUUCUCGCCAGAAACACGCCACGUUUUCCUCUCACCAUGUGGGCCCCAGGAGGCACCGCCCCAUAACAAUAAUAAAAAACAUAGUAAGAGGAAGAAAAUGGGACCACAUGAAAGAAGGGUCAAAUCAGACACGGCUCAGAGAGAGAUAG